AUGGCCACCCUAAAACCUCCUCCAGCGCAGCACCGCUCCUCCUCGUCCUCACAUACACCCACCGGUCCCCCCAAGGCCCCCCUCAAAGCCGAUCCCUCAGCCACCAUCGCAGACACAGCAGUCUUCCAAGGAACAUACCCCGUAACCAUCGGCGCGGGCACAGUCAUACACCCACGAGCGCGAUUCUAUGCCUACGAGGGCCCAAUCUCCGUAGGUGAUGGAUGCAUCAUCAGUGAAAAGGCAAUUAUAGGAGCUGCGCCGGGUACAUCAGCGUCAACGAGGCCAUCACCGUCAUCCUCGACGGGUCCAUCCCCAACAUCCUCAUCUACCGACGUCACAUUGUCAACACCACAAAUACAAGGAUCAGGACAAGAAACAAUUACGCGCAUUUCCUACUUCGUCACUAUUGGCCCACACUCUACAGUCCUACCUGGCGCAAAUAUCCAUUCCUCGGCCACAAUUGAGUCCCUCGUCACGAUAAACCGAUACGCGGACGUUGGCGCACACUCCAAGAUUUGCUCUGGUUGCCAGAUCCCAGCCAACGGGUCUGUUCCUGAGUGGACGGUUGUUUGGGGCUCUGGGAUUGGACAAAGAAGAAAACGAGCUCGUACUGCGAGGGAGCCUGCGCCGGCGGUGGUGGUUGCGGCUCAGGUUGCGCAGAUUCCUGUGCCGCCGCCGGCCCCGGAGGGGAAGAUCAUUGAGAAUGCGAGGUUGAUGGUUCUUCAGAAGGAGAGGGAGGUAUUGGGGAGGAUGAUUGUGCCUGCUGGGGCUUCGAAGAAGAAAUAA